ACAGUCAACCCAAAGAUUCAAAGUAUAGAAAAAUUGUUAAAAGAGGUCUACACAUAUUUAAGCAUGCCGCCAGGAUUCUGGUAAGUCUAUAAAAAAAAUUCAGGUGUAUUGAGAGACAUCCGAGAGUAGAAGAAAUGGGUACUGCAGUAGCAGCUGCUGUUUACUCAAGAUGGGUGUUCAUGCGUUUAUUGCUUCUGCUUCUUCUCUCCGCCAAUGCAGCUUUCUCCGGUGAGAUCGUCCGGUAUCUGCCUGGCUACGCCGGGGAACUCCCUUUCAAGCUCGAAACUGGAUACAUAAGUGUUGGAGACUCGGAGUUAUUCUACUACUUCAUUGAGUCGCAAGGAAACCCAAAAGAAGACCCCCUCUUCCUUUGGCUCACUGGUGGCCCCGGUUGUUCUUCUUUCAAUGGACUCAUCUAUGAAAUUGGUCCAAUGGAGUUUGAUAUUCAUAAUUACGAUGGGGGGUUGCCAAAUUUGCUCUAUUACAAGUAUGCUUGGACAAAGUCUGCAAGCGUAAUAUUUUUAGACGCACCGGUUGGUACUGGUUUCUCAUAUUCUACAACAACAGAAGGUUGGUAUGCGUCUGACUCAAAAUCAGCAGAACAAUCCUACGAAUUCUUAAGGAAGUGGUUAGAAGAAAACCCACAAUAUCUCCCACUUCAACUCUUCAUAGGAGGCGAUUCUUACUCCGGCAUUACUGUUCCAUUAGUCACUAAAUAUGUUGUUGAAGGUAUUGAAGCUGGACUCCAACCUCGAAUGAAUCUCAAGGGAUAUCUACUGGGAAGCCCACAUACAGAUUCAGUUAUUGAUCAAAAUUCUAAAAUAGUGUUUGCUCAUCGGAUGGCACUUAUAUCAGAUGAGCUUUAUGAGGCAGCGAAAAGGAAUUGCAAUGAAAAUUAUGUGAACAUAGACCCAUCCAAUACAGAAUGUGUACUUGCUCUUGCUUCAAUUAAUAAGUGUGUCAAAGAUUUGUUUAGCAAUGAUAUAUUGGAACCCAAGUGCACUUUUGCUUCAGCAAACCUUGUUGAGGAAACAGAUAGAAGAUUUAUUGAAGAGAAGCACAGAGAUUUCGUCCUUUCGCCGCCAAAGAUUAAUGAAUUAUGGUGUCGGACAUUUAACUAUGUACUCUCCUAUGUAUGGACAAAUGAUGAAAGUGUUCAAGAUGCUUUACAUGUUCGAAAGGGAACUGUAAAAGAUUGGCAAAGAUGCAACAAGAGCCUUUCAUACACAAAAGACAUCAAGAGUGUUGUUGAUGUAAAUCAAUACCUGAGUAAGAAAAGCUUGAAUGUUCUUGUAGAGUGUGGGGAUCGUGACAUGGUUGUUCCAUAUAUUGGUACUGUAAAGUGGGUCACGUCUCUCAAUUUAACAAUUGUCAAUCAUUGGCGACCAUGGUUUGUUGAUGGUCAAGUUGCAGGAUAUACUAGGAAGUACUCAAGCGAUGGGUUCCGUUUAACAUAUGCAACUGUAAAGGGCGCAGGUCACACAGCCCCAGAGUAUCAUCGUAGGGAAUGUUAUUUCAUGUUUAAGAGCAAGAACAAAAACUAAAGAAAAAGAGAAAGAAAGAGAAAGAGAGAAAGAAGUUCGCUGGCCGUAGCAAGUAGCAGCAGCCAUGGUGGCUUCCGGUUGAAGAGUAGCAGCCAGCAAGCACAACAAGCCUUCUCGAGUCCCUCAGCAGCAAUGCAGCAACAGGAGAGCAGUAACAGUGGUAGGAGGCCUUGGUUCGCAGCACACAGUAGCAGAGAAACAACACGUAAGGGAAGAGGAAGCAAGGACUUCAUGGGCAGCAGCAGUAGGGAGGAAAAGAACAAGAGAGAGUGGACUGAGGAGGAGGAAGAGAAUGAGGGAGAGAAGAGAAGAAGAAAAAAAACAAAGAAAACAAGAGAGGCAGAGAUUUAGAGAGAAUGAGAAAA